GAAAAUCCUAAAACUUUCGGAUUCGGCUCUCGGCGAUUUGCAUUUCCUUUUGAAGAAUCCACUCGUCCCACUUUUUACGUUUUCCUGCUAAAGAAAACCAGAUCUCUUCGUCUCGCUCUCGCCUUCCUUUACCUUCGCGGGAAUCUCUUUUGCCAUCCCAAUGCCAGUUAACUUUAAUUCCAUUUGUGUUUGAAAGCUCUCUUUUGAUCUAAUCUUCGGUUAGAUUUUCGAAGCAAAAAUUUUCAAGCUGAUUUACCAAGUAGGAAACGCGUGAUCUUUCAUGGCGUCAACGAGCAAAGCCAAUUUAACUGAAGAGGAGGAAGAAGAAGAAGAAGAAGAAGAAGAAGAAGAUGAAGGACAGGAAGUUCAACACUUCGAUGAUUUCACUCUGGCUUCUUCAUGGGAAAGGUUCAUAUCUGAAAUAGAGGCUAUCUGUCGGCAGUGGUUAGCUGAUGGUCCAAAGAAUUUGAUCGAAAAGGGAGCCGUUCAUUUGGUUUCUUCUAAGAACAUGUAUAAGGUUAAAUCCGAGUUGAAGCAUGCCACAAAAAUCUAUUCGAUGGAAUACUACUUCGAAAUCAACAAUAAUGGCAAAAUUGCUGACUGGAAUUCCACUUUGCAUGAUAUGCAGCUUUGCUUUGGAGUAAAAGAAUUCUUGGUGAUUUUGCCUCAAAGUGCCAGCGGUGUGGUACUUGAUGCACCGGAGGCUAGCAAGCUUUUAAGUGCAGUUGCAAUUGCUUUGUCAAACUGUUCAAGUUUGUGGCCAGCAUUUGUCCCAGUCCAUGACCCUUCAAGAAAAGCAUAUAUUGGAAUCCAAAAUAUGGGAACAGUUUUUACUAGGAGGUUUGAGGCUGAUCGUAUUGGUAGCCAGGUCCCAAUAAAGUUCAUGCAUCUGGAAGGAUUGUAUGAGUUGUUUGUUUCUAAGUUUGCUUACUCCACGUUAGACCAUUCAAUGCAUCUUUUCAAAGUACAUCUUAUAAUGAAGCUCACCUAUCAAACCCUUCCCGAUGACGACGAUGAUGAUAUCCAAGAAGCUGAUGCUGAAAAUGCAGAAUCUGAAGCAAGUGCAGGUGGUGAUAAUCGCAACAGGAAGCAUUGGGAUGAUGAUUGCCCUUGGAGUGAGUGGUAUUCUGCAGAAAAUCCAGUAAAGGGUUUUGAUUUAAUCACCACUUGGUCAGAAAAGAUGGUUGAAAGCUCCUUGGAAAUGGCUGAAAUGGAAAAUGCCUCACCUCAUGAUGCUGAGAAGUGGAUUCUAGCUCCAAAUAUUGAUUGUUCGAAAGAAGAGAGAAUUGGAUUCGCUUCGCAGUUGCAGCUUUUGGUUAACGCACUGGAUAUGUCAUUUGAAGCUCAAUUUAUGGAGGAUUUUGUGUCAGUUGAAAAUUCUGGUUCAGACAAUUUAAAGUCCUCUAUGGUUAUACCGCCACCUACAGUCCUCGACCGUGUGCUUAAAGAUCUCUUCCAUGAGGGGCUCCAGUUUCCUGAUUCUGCUAAAGGUGAACGUAAGAGUUCUCGAGCUAUUAAAGGCGCUCCUGUUGAGUGUCUUUUUGCUCAGUUUUGUUUACACUCAUUAUGGUUCGGAAAUUGUAACAUACGUGCCAUUGCUGUGCUCUGGAUAGAGUUUGUUCGAGAAAUUCGUUGGUGUUGGGAAGAGUCACAGCCAUUGCCUAAAAUGUCGGCCAAUGGUUCAAUCGACCUAACAACUUGUUUGAUCAACCAGAAACUACAAAUGCUUGCAAUAUGCAUUGAGAAGAAGCGUGAACUGAAUGAAGAAUUUCAAGACUGUAUUGGAAGUAAUGAUGAUGUGUCUACACAUAUGGAGUCUUCAUUUGAUGGAAAAUGCAGGAAGACAUUCAAGUUAGAGAGGAGUCUACUAGUUUUUAUGCACAGAGUCAAGGCUUUGAUGGGAAACGUGACAGGUGAACUUAGCAAUCCCUUGACGCCAGAAGUUUUGCAUAAAUCUAACACAGUUGUAUCAAAGUUUAGUAAAAAUUCUGAAGAUGUGGUUUCUGCUGAUAAAAGCCCUUCAGAUUCUAUCAGGAGAGGCUCAGCUGGUCCAGUAGGGUCUAUGAAGCUUCUGAAAUCCUAUCAGAGCUUGCAUGCUCCAUUUACACAGGAUGCACCACUCAUGACAGAAGACAUGCAUGAAGAACGACUCCGUGCUGUUGAGGCCUUUGGUGAUUCAUUUGACUUUUCUGCACAGUUGGAGAGAGACACAUUAUCUUCAGAUAUGUCAUCCUUUAAAGCUGCAAAUCCAGACACUGUUUUUGAAGAUUUUAUUCGGUGGCAUUCACCGGGAGAUUGGGAGAAUGAUGAAAGUGAAGCAAAUGGUCCAUCCAAAAAUCUUACAGAGGGUAUGAAGGAUGACUGGCCUCCUCGAGGACGACUUUCACAGCGGAUGUCUGACCAUGGGAACUUGUGGCGACAGAUUUGGAAUGAUGCUCCUGUUUUGCCAGCUUAUGAGCAGAAACCACUGCUAGAUCCAAAUCGAGAAGGAGAGAAGAUCCUUCAUUAUCUGGAAACUGUGCGACCCCAUCAGCUGCUUGAGCAAAUGGUUUGUACUGCCUUCAGAGCAUCAGCUGACACUCUAAACCAGACAAAUUUUGGAAGCUUGAGUCAGAUGACCACAAAAAUGGACCAACUCUAUGUUACGAUGGCAUCUGCAUUAAGGCCUUUGCAAGUGAAUCUAUUAUCUGGCAACAGUGAGACUAUUGAAGACCUCAGACGGCUUUGUGUUGUCUUUGAACAUGUUGAGAAGUUAUUAACACUCGCAGCUUCUCUUCAUCGUAAAUUCUUACAAGCACCGCGCAUUGCGGAAGCUAUUUUCAGUGACUACUACAACUUUUACCUUCCGACCAUGGGAGUAGGCUCAGCUGAUGUUGAUGUUCAGAAGAUAGAUGCUGAGAAGGAGUUUGACAUGAAGCUGCAACUAAGGAUGAACGAGAGACAAGUCGUGUCAAAUAUGUUCUCGCAACCCAGCGCCAAUCAAUCCUGGAGAAAAGUUUUGAGCAUGGGCAAUCUUCUUAAUGGCCACGAACCAAUCCUCAGGGAGAUCAUCUUCUCCAUGAGUGAUAGCGCCACUGGCAGUCACUAUGCAGCAAGCAGUCCCAGAGGUUAUCAGCAGGACAUAGAAACAUAUCGGAUGUAUAUAUGUGGAACCUCAAAUGAUCUCCGGGUGGCACUCUCGGUAACCUCGUAUGAUUAAUUUCUUUUUAAAUAAUAUUAGUAUAAAUUGAUUUCUCACUGUCUUGAUGGGUCUAUUUUCACCCUUGAGAACAUUGCCCUGGCAGUUCUAUUGCUUUGGAGUGUCUUAUCUCUAGUUGAAAUAAAUUUCUUUUCAUAGC